GAAUGGUACAAAAAAUCGAUAAACGCAGUCAAACGAAAACUCAUAUUUGAUGCAUUAAUAAAUCAAAGCGCACGUGGGGAAUUGCUUAUAGUUGAAUAUACAAACAAAUACCUAAAAACCGUAUUUAAAAAGUGCUUGGGACCAACAUACUUUUCCACAUCUGUCAAGAUCAACCUCGUAGCGAAACAAAAACACAUUGUACUUUGUACCUCGAUUUCAUUACCUAACACACGAGGUUUACAAAUAAGGUUCUAAAUCCGCUUAUCAGAGAGCAAUAAUAUAUACCUUUGCUUUACCAGUUAUAAAUUAAAAAACAGAUUGUGAGAAAUGGAGGAGGAAAAUUUGGGAGGAGACACUAUGAUCUCAGAUUUCGCCACCUACGAGGACUUCCUCGAUGCCCAGAUAACAGUGGCAGAUCUCUUCUACUUGGAGGAUGAGGAUCUGGCGCGUCAGCUGGUGGAGUUGGGCUACAGGGGCAGUGGGGAGGUACUGAAGAGGUCCGAGUUCGAGAAGCGGAAGGAGUUGGCAGAGGCCUCCAAACUCUCCAAGACCAACCAGGAGAUGACUCUCGCCAGCUACGGGAAGUCGAUCAAGAAUCCUCUGCUGAAAGAACUAGCCAAACGAGAGGAGGCCAACAGAUCCGGAAAGAUGACAACAAUAAUUUUCAUCCGUGACCGAAACGCAAAGAGCCAAGAAAUCUCUGGAUACAUCGACUACGCCCAUCGACUCAAGAGCGAAGACUUUGGACCCUACUUCACGGGAAAGAAGAGACUGCUGCCACGUGCUUCUGACCUCAGUUUCUACAACUGGGAGACGCAGAAAUCGACCAGUAAUCACACCUCCAAUUUUGAAGUGAUCACUGAAAACACUUCAGGGCUGUUAUUUAAAAGCAAACGAGACCGCAAGAUAAUCAACGUCGACCCAAAAGCUUCCACGCCAGGAGACAACUCAACUCGGACCAAAAUAGAAAACAACGAAGAGUACCCGCCUCAUUACAACCAGAUUGUUCUGUACGACCACAUCACCAGACGAAAGACCUAAGCUCGCAUCAUGUGUCUGAACUUAAUUUGAAGUCUUUGGAAAUUAUUUCCGUGCAAAUCAGACAAAAUGAAAAUAUACAUGAAGAGCUGUUCGUGAUAAACAUGAUCAAAAUUUAACACAGAGCUUCGUAUCAGUUGCGAUGUAACUAACUAAAGCAAAAAUGCUACAAAAUAAAAACAUGACUUCUCGUAUACCAGGGGGAAGCCCUUAAUGUUUCAACUGCAUUUUAAGGCCAAUUAAAACAAAUUUGUUUGAAAAACUGACGAAAUAAUAAAAGUAGAAAACAGUUUCAAA